UCUCGCAAGUCUCUUCAUUCUAUACGAGGCGUCAGUCUAUGUAUAAAGUCGGAAGUAUCGUGGUAUACGGAUUGUUAAUACCGUGGAAAAUAUCAUUCAACAACGAACUGCGAGAUAGCACGCGUGCAUUUGUUUGAAUCCACUAGGCAGACAACGCUUAGGUAAACCGAAUUAAAGUCGCUUCGACGAGGACACGAAGCGUUCCUUGAGCUACCAGAGCCGAGAUCCUUUGCUGCCUAGGUUCUGGUCAGGGUCAGUGCGCGGGACCAUCCCGCCUCGAGAGAUUUAUCGAACAUCGUUGCAGCUAGUCCAAAUUAUUUUCGAAUUGAAAAUAAUUAGAGCUUCUGUAAAUUUGCACCUGGAAAAACGAAGAGAAUAAAUCAAUAGAGAGGAAGCUUUCUUCAAGGAGGAAUCGUCUCGUUUCUGUUCAUCAUCGUUUCGACAGACAGGCGACAGCCUUCGCAUCUUCUCUUUUGCAACAUUUCGAAGAAUUCGUCUACACGACAGGAUGAAACUAGCACUCUUAGUGAUUCUGCUGGCGGUCCUGUAUACCGUCAACUAUUCCAAUAGUGCUGCAGUCAGAUCGGAGGAAUUCGCUGAACAGUUGCGCAGGAUUGUCCAUGAAAUGCACCCCGAUAACCUAAGAACACAGAGAGCAACCGAGAGCGGAAAUGACGACCGUCCGAAACGGAAUUGUUACGAUACACCCUGCGGAUGGAAUACAUACAAUCCUGUCACUCGGCGAGGCACGAUUUUCAUGCCGAAUACAUGUAAGUGUCCUGACGACACGUACAGGUGUGUGCGUACAGGCGAAAACGUAUCCAUGAGUGCGUACGUAUAUCACUGUCGUCAAAAUACGACAUCGGACGAUAUUGAAGGCGAAACGUCUGAAGAUAUGGAUUAUCUUAGUUAAGAAAGAUGCAGACAUACCUGAAUGACAAACGCCUUUUCGAACAACCGUUGUUAUGGUGUUGUCACCGUCCUGGUCACUGUGUCACCAUCGAACGAAGCGAUUCUCCGUUCUCUCCUCCAAGGAAUAUUCGACACUCAAAUUAAAUACUACAUACGGACUACAUACGGAUACGUAAAUCUACAAAAGAAAACGUCACGCUGUCACAAUAUAUUCGCGUCAAAUAAUUCUAUACGUCAAAAAUCGGCAUUUUGCUGUCUAACGAGACGACACUUGUGUAUAAGAUACAGCGGGAAGAAAAUCAAAUACCGGUUCGAUAUUUGAAAUUAAAUAUGGCCGCGAUAUUAUUUCGAUAAUCGAAAUUACCGACAAACUAGGAUAAGGAGUUAUUCAACAAUUCUUCAAUCUCAAAACAUAAAUCGACAUAACCGUAUCGGUCUAAUUUGAAGAUUUCUAACGAAUUUGUAGUAUUUAUAGAUAAAUAACAUAAAAAUCGGAUAAGUUUGUUUAGAUGUAGUAAACGGAAUAUCGGUUUACCGGCGCGUGAAUGUUAGAAUAGACUUUCAGUAUAAAAUAACAUUUUAAUUAUAAACUAACACGUUUAUAAGAUAUUUUUAUGCACAAGUUUCCCUAAGAUGAUCAUUUACGAGAUUUUGAUGAUUCUCGCAAGAAACGUUGUUAAAAAUUAGUAAUUUUACCUUAAUUACACGGAACAAAUCUUCGAACGACGCACCAACGUCGCUUGUGAACCGUAGACUGCGCGCGCAUAUUCCGCGUCGCUAUAAGCAAGAUCUCUCGCAAUAACGCCAUUUUCAAACUCAUUUAGCUUCUACUACACUGUAAAUUUGAAUUUCGUUACAAAUCUUUAAAACAAAAAUGAUGAAUAUAGAAGUGUUGUGUAAUUCUGAUGUAAAACAAAUAACAAAGGGGGAAAUUAAACUGCUAUCCUUCGAAAUAGACAAGACGCACGGAACACAAAGCCGUAAGUUAAUCGCAGUUUUUCUUCAAAUUACUCAUAUAGAAAAUUCAUCAUAAGGUAAUCAAGCGAUAAUUAACAUACAUCAAUAUUUUAUGAUUUUUAAUAAUAAGUUUCAUUAUACUUUCUUGGCAUAAAAUAAUAGAAAGUACGUAAUGAAAUCCUUUCAGACCUGAUUGAUCUUAUGGAAAUAAGUUAUUAACGAUGAAUUUUAAUAAUCUAUACAAAAAUAUCUGAUUUGUAAAAAAGCUACUUAAUUUUUUGAAAAAUGGAUAAGAUCGGGUCUGAGAAGAUUCAAGUUUGUAUCAAACUUUAAUAAGAUCCAAACUUCGUAUUCGUAAUUUUAUUCUUAAGCUACGAUGCUUACCAGAAGUAAGCAAACUUUUAUUUGAAAUUUUGAAAUAUUCGGAAGCCUCGUCUUUGUCUACUUUUUGUAAAAUUGUAUUUAUUUACGUCAUCCAGUACUCAUGGUUAUUAUGAAAACAUAUCUUUCAUUUAUCAUAAUUUGAUCCAUAAAAGAAUAAAACGAAUACGAAACUUUAAUAUUUUCAUCGGUAACCAUGAAGUUGUCGAGAAUCGAUUUUUUUAAUCGAAUACAAAUCUCGGCGAUUCGAUGUACUGAUUUCUAUUCGAAUUUCAAAAUACCAGUUACGAAUAAGAACGAAUUUAUUUUUUACCGAACCUCAUUGGCCAUUAACAAUGAAUAAUGUAAUUAUUUUUAAGUUAAUGAACACCUUAGAAGUACUCAAGGUGGUGUAAAAUUAGCAAGGAUAGGUUACAGUAUUUCGAUAAGGAACAAUCCACAAUUUUGUACUUAAAGGGAAAAAUUACUUCGAAUCUUUUUUGUAUAUCAUUAUCGACUAUUUAUAACGUGCAAUAGUAACAUAUAGUUGAUGAAAGAAAUGCAACAGUUUAGGUUACGAUCUCGUUAUGUUUCUUGCAUCGACUAUAAUUAUAUCGUUCGAUUAUUAUAAACGUCAUAUUCGAGUUUUUACUUAAAAACCAAAGAGAUUCUUACUUCAAUUAUUUUCCAUCCGAUCGACUUUUUACAUUUCAUAGAUAUAUUACACCGUCUUGUGAUUGCUUUGCAACAAUCUCGAAUAUUAUUAUCGAGAUAAAAUAAAGCCGAGAUGAUGAUAGAUCAUCUUGUUUCUUGUUUUCAAUUGUGUCGAAAUAGAUAUACAUGAAAGGAUAAAAUAGAAAAAUAAUUAUAUAGAACAAUUUGUCUACACGUUUGCAAUAUCAAUCGUAUUGUAAGUUUGUUGAAAAAUUAGAUAAUUUGAUCCUUUAUAUGUAACGCCCAAUUCAUCUAGAAAAUGUUGGUUUUCUUGAUACAGAAAAUACAUAAAAAUUAUUUGGAUGAAUUAAUAAUUUCGAAUACCCUUACUGUUUCAAGAAAACGUGUAGAAAAUAAUACAGACAAUGUAUUCGUAUGCAGUAUUUCACUUAAUAUUUAAUACACAGGAAGAGUAAAUUAUCUAUAGUUGUACGACGAUUACCAAUGUUAUCAUUUUUAAUAAAAAUAAGUAAUGUU